AUGGUCAAGGCCAAUGCUAAUGCAGCACCAGCUGCCACAGCACCUGGCGUGUACAGCGCAGUAUAUAGUGGAAUACCUGUAUACGAAUUUCAGUUCGGUGCCGAGCUCAAAGAGCAUGUUAUGCGAAGAAGGUCAGACAAUUGGAUCAAUGCGACACACAUCCUCAAGGCGGCUGGAUUCGACAAACCAGCUCGAACCAGAAUUCUCGAACGAGAUGUGCAGAAAGACGUCCAUGAAAAAAUCCAAGGUGGCUAUGGGAAAUACCAAGGAACAUGGAUACCGCUCGAGAGCGGACAAGCAUUAGCAGAGCGACAUAGUGUCAUUGACCGAUUGCGACCGAUUUUCGAAUACACUCAAGGCGCAGAGAGUCCUCCUCCGGCCCCCAGGCAUGCUAGUAAACCCAAAGGGCCAAAAUCUCGACCUCCGCUGCCGAAAUGGAACAAUCCGCCUCCUCCACCUCCUGCUCCAGCGCCCGUGAUUCAAGAAGAUGGAGAUACCCUGAUGGGUGACGAAGAUACCCCUGAUAAUCUCACGGUCGCAUCUGCAUCCUACAUGGCCGAAGACGAACGAUUCGAGAUACCUCAAGCGCCGGGCACGGGCCGAAAACGCAGAAGAGACGAUAACAACCUCCAAGAUCUUACCGAGCAGCAACAUGCCCUAUACGGUGACGAGCUCCUCGACUACUUCCUCCUCAGUAAAACAGACCAGCCAGCAGUGAAGCCUGACCCUCCGGCAAACUUUCAGCCUAACUGGCCUAUUGAUGCAGAGGAUCAUACAGCGCUUCACUGGGCAUCAGCUAUGGGCGAUCUGGAUGUCGUCAAGCAGCUGAAGCGAUUUAAUGCAUCUUCUACAGUCAAGAACAUCCGAGGCGAAACACCAUUUAUGCAUUCCGUGAACUUCACUAACUGUUACGAGAAACAGAGUUUUCCUAUGGUUAUGAAAGAACUAUUCGAGACAUUCGACGCUCGUGACAACGUGGGUUGUACAGUAAUUCACCACGCAGCCGUGAUGAAGAACGGUAGGGUCUUCAACUCGUCGUGCUCGAGAUAUUACCUGGACAACAUCCUGAACAAACUACAGGAAACGUUGGAACCCAGCGCAUUUCAGCAAUUACUGGAUAUCCAGGAUAACGAAGGAAAUACGGCAUUGCAUCUCGCGGCGCAACGAAAUGCUAGGAAAUGUAUCCGAGCACUGUUGGGGCGCAACGCUUCAUCAGAUCUUGCGAAUCAUGAGGGCAUAAGGGCAGAGGAUCUGAUCAUGGAUCUGAACGCAACUAAGAAGGACCGUGGACCACAAAGAUCAUCAUCACCUUUUGCCCCUGAGUCUCAACGACAUGCGUCAUUUAAGGAUGCGCUUAUCGAGAAGGCCAAUAGACAAUCACCAGUUGUUUUCCAGUCAGCGGCAGCAAACACAGUCCAGUCGCGGAUCUCGCCCCUUAUCAUGGAGAAGUUCCAAGAUCUAGCCAAGAGCUACGAGGACGAAUUUCGUGAGAAGGAUAUAGCAGAAUCUGAGGCAAAACGACUACUGUCCAACACUCAACAAGAGCUGACCGCUGUGCGACAAAGUAUCACAGAUGUUGAGGGUCAACUGGAGCCAGAAGAAGCAGCAUCCAAACAGGCGACUGAAGCCAAUUUGGCCAAGCAUCAGGUUCUGUCACUGAUAACACACCAGAACCGCCUGCAUGUCCAAAGGGCAGUGGACAGCGAACUUAGCCGCGUCAACGGCGAGGGCGGUGGGCAAGAAGAGUCAUAUGACAAGAGACUGCGCCUCGCGCGGGAGCUCAGCUCGUUGCUUGCGGAGCAGCGCAAGGCCGAGGCAGAAUACGUCGAGGCGUUGAGCAUGGUGGGCACAGGGGACAAGAUUGAGAAAUACAAAAAGCUGCUCAACAGGUGCCUCGACCCCAAGGAGGCUGAGAGUCUGGACACGAAUCUCGACAGCCUGAUCGAGAUGAUGGAGGAAGAGCGGGAUGAAAACGGCAUGGUUGGCGCUAUGGACCCUGAGCCAAUGGAACUAUCGGUUGGCAUAUAA